UCUGCGACUUCCGUGUUCUUUCACUACUACCAUCAAGCAGGCAGAAUGUCUCAUCAAACCGGCAUCCAAGCUACCGGGGAAGUGAAAGAAAUCUUUGGAAAGGCUCGGAAUGGAGAAUAUCGGCUGAUCAAAAUAGUCAUUGAAAAUGAGAAGCUGGUUCUUGGCGGAAGCAAGCGGGCUUCCAAGAAGUGGGAUCAGGAGUGGGACAGCUAUGUUCUCCCUCUUGUGGAGGAUGACAUGCCAUCGUACCUUCUUUACAGACUAGACACCACCAAUAACCAGGGUUAUGAGUGGAUCUUUCUGGCCUGGUCUCCAGACCACUCACCAGUCCGACAAAAGAUGUUAUAUGCUGCCACGAGGGCAACACUGAAGAAAGAGUUUGGUGGUGGCCACAUUAAAGACGAGAUUUUUGGCACAGUGAAGGAUGAUGUGUCUCUAAACGGCUAUAAAAAGUACCUCACCUCCCAGGCGGCGCCUUUGCCUCUGACGGCCGCGGAAGAAGAACUGAGGCAAAUUAAACUCAAUGAGCUGCAGACAGACAUCCAUGUUGACACAAAGCAGCAGACGCUUCAAGGCAUGGCGUUCCCGAUGCAGAGGGAAGCUAUCCAAGCCCUGGAACAGUUCAGGGAGAAAAGACUCAACUAUGUUCAACUGGAAAUUGAUUUUCCUAAAGAAUCCAUAACGUUGUCCAGCACGACCCUUACAGAAUUGAGAGAUCUGCCAAAAAGGAUUCCUCAAGAUGCGGCUAGAUAUCACUUCUUUCUCUACAAACACAAUCAUGAAGGAGACUACCUUGAGUCCACAGUGUUUAUCUACUCUAUGCCUGGUUAUAAAUGCAGCAUCAAAGAGAGAAUGCUAUAUUCAAGCUGCAAGAACCCUCUUAUUGACACAGUGGAGAAAAAUCUGGGCAUCGAAAUUGCGAAAAAGUUGGAGAUUGACAAUGGUGAUGAACUUACUAGUGACUUCCUUUAUGAAGAAGUCCAUCCCAAGCAGCAUGCGCACAAGCAAGCUUUUGCCAAGCCCAAGGGCCCAACUGGAAAAAAAGGGGGACGCAGAAUCACGCGAGCACCAGGCGAUGGCGCCGAUGACGAUUAAAUUCCAGGAUCGACAGUAGUACAUUCCACCUAGUCUAAAGAACCCAGUCCUUAUAUCGAAUGCCCAGUUUACCUCGAGUCAUAUACACCACAGCCCUGUAGACUGAUCUAUGCACAAAAAACAACACUAAGCCUGUGAAUUUAUUUUUGUAGCUUGCAAUACAAUGUGCUACGAGGAGAAAACAGGUUGCGGUACACAAGAAUGUAUUUACAAAGCUAAUGCCACCUGUGCUGUUCCUAGUUUUAACGCUAUUACGAUGUUUAUUUGCAUAAUGUAGACUGACUUAUUUGUUUAGGCCAGGUUACAUAGAUACAGAGUGCAAUAUCGUUAAAAUAGAUACUCGUAUAGAUGUUCCAGAGGAUAUUUUUUAGAAACAACUUUUUUCCAGGGUACGGUUUCCCAUAAAUAGAUAUGUAGUCUAGCCCAGGUAUAAAUUGGAUUUUAAACAAUGGGUUUCCAGUCAAAUUAAAUUUUAGCCGAAGACUAAUGUUAAAAUUCAUCUGGGAAAUUGGUACUAGAACAGGGUCAUUUGCUCCAGGAUUAUACUUGAUUUCUGUUUGGGAAACAAGCCUGGAAAGUUAAGCAGUGUGUGGCAGGUCUAGUCUUGUGUAGUUGUUUGACCCUGAUCAUGGAGGUCAGCUAUGUUUUAUAAGUCACUAUAAGCAUAAUUAACUUUCUGAUUGAUAGUCUAGUGUUCCGAUUAAAAAUGAAAGGCCCCAGCUUCUAAAGAGCAAAUAGAUUAGUAAAAGUAAUUUCAUCAGUAUUUGCUUGCCCUUGUAGCUCUCGUGUUAAGAUUAUUUUAAUGAAGGAUUUGCCAAGAAUAAUGUGCUGAAAAUGUUCCAAUACCUUCUCCUUCUUUUUUUAUAUGUUUUAAGUUUAAAUUGAUGUGAUUUUUAACAUAGAACUGUUUAAUUGUAUUGAAAUUAAAUGAAUUGAUCAUGAUGAAACAGAAAUCUGAAGUAAUGCUGUCUGCAUCUUAGCUACUUUUCCGCAUUCUUCUGGUAAAAACUAAACACACAGAGACACUAUUUUUAUAAACCUGUACAGCUGUAUGUUGAGAAUGUCUGACAUAUUGAAAUGUCCAUGGUUUCAGGUUUAUGGCUAUCUUGUCUGUCUGAGGAAAUGUUUUACAUGUCAACUAAUGGCCUGCUUCCAUUUCAUUGCAUUUGCCAUUUGCAGCCACAAUAAUGUAUAGUGCAUGCAGUUCACUUUAUAGAUUGAAAGUUGUUGAAACCACUCAUAACGGAAGGGACUACAAAUCACAGAAUCCUGGUAUUUCGUGAACCACUAUUACCAUUUCUCCUAUGUGAAGGUAUUAUGAAGUCUUGAAUGGAACCAAUUCAAAGUCUUAAAUGUCUUUUUCUAUGCAUUGUAUAUAAAAGAGGGAGAUAGAAAAAA